CAUCGGUUCAAUACACGACCAGCUAUGACUCAUGUGAAAAAAUUAAAUAGUAUAUUUAUUUACAUUGGUCAUCGGCAAUCUUCAUCUAUUCUUUUCAUGAUAGUUUAUCCUAUAACUGUAUUGAAGUGCUUAUGAAUAAUUAGUACUUAACACAUGGUGGGAUAUUCUUACGAAUGUAUUUUUGAAGUAAUAGUGAGUUUGAUCUUUUGAAUAACAUUCAACAGCAAAGGCGUUACAAAAUGGCGCCUACAUUGGCUGAAGAAAAAACACUCGGCCAAAUACAUCGUAAUUUCAACAAAUUAGUCAACGAUGCUAUUAAGGAAACAACAGUUAAAUACAAUGAGGACAUCAAUUACGAUGACCCGGAUUUGGAUAACUUAUUUAAGAUUGACUAUGCUUGCCGUAAAAAGGACUUGGAAUAUGUUCUUAAAAUACUAAAAUGCAAAGACAUAUUAUAUUGUUCAAGGGCUAUUAAAGGAUCAACUUGGUUGAUCGAUGAUCCGCAGUAUUCAAAUAUAAUCAACGCUGAUUAUUUAUUUAACAAAAUAUUCCCAGAGAUGAUUACCACAGCACGCAAUAAAUUUCUAUUGCAUAUCAGAUUACAUAUAAGGGAUGAAAGACGCGCGGAAGAUUUCUUUUUGCAUUUAAAAGACCAAAACUUAAAAUGUGCUAUUAAAUGGUUGCCUUACUGUUCUACGUCAUUUAUCGCUGAAAAUAUCGUGAAAUAUGUCAACGAUAUAUCACUACCCGUGUUAAUGCGACUCAGUGAGAUAUCAUUGAAUUUUCUUCAUAUCUACUGCAAUAUUAAUAUUGAUAAUUAUCAUCGAGUACAUAUCCAUUCUGCUCUUAAAGUUGGAAUGAAGUACGCAAACCAAAAUAUUGAAAAAUAUUUAGAUAUACUUGAUAGUGUUGAAAAGCACCAUAGGCCAUGGAUUAAUCCGAAGACAACAAAAUUAAUAAUGACCAAAUGUCCUGAACGAAUAUUAAACCAGUUAGAGCAAUAUAUUGAUCGAGUUGAUAUAAAAACAUUUGCAAAAUAUAUUAAACAAGAUGAUAUAAAGGACUUUCUUGAAAAUCGACUCAUAAAUGGAAACUUAGCACAUUACGUGGGAAGGGAGAUAGAACACUUUAUAGUGCGGAUGCCCCAAAAAAAUAGAUUCGAAUUUGUUAGAAAGCACUUCAUUGAUAUAAAGAGCAAGGAAUUAAUUCCUUAUCAGUGUAAGCCGGGCACUUUAGAAAAUAUUUACACCUGGUAUCGAUUUGCUUCUUUUGAAGAUGCUUUUCGAGAUUUAAAAAAAUUAAUCCGGAUUGAAUCUAAUCCAAGCGAAAGACUUGCUAUGAUGUCAGUUAUUCUAGGUUGUGCCAGAAAUAACUCGCAGAAUAUACACGAUUUACUCGAGUACUACCGGGCACAUCAUAUAAAUGAAGCAUUCAUAUUUAAAAUUAGUUUCAUCAACAGUCUCUUACACUCGACAAAAGCAUAUUCCAUGGAUCAAGAGACAUGGAAAAUUUUGAACGACCUAUUCUUUAGUAUGGAAGUAUAUACAGAAUCCGAUCAUGAGUUACAAUCUUGUAUUAAACACAUUAUAUUGUAUAAAAUAAUCCAUAACGAAGUCAUACCUGAGAUUAUAAUUUCAAAGUUCAAUUUUAGUACCUUUAAAAAAGAACGUAAUGGAUUAAAUAAUAAUGACAGAGAAAAAGUCUUUGAAUAUUUGUUUAACCAUGUAAACAAAGAACUAGACAAUCAUUACGAAAAACUAACAAAGAAUGAUCACGAGUUUGAAGAAACUAUUGUUUGGAUAAACAAUACGCUCGACCUAUUGGUCGAUUGGAAGAAAGAUUUAUCAAAAUUUCCAGAACUUUUGACCAAAAUAAGGGAGUUAUCCAAAUUUACAAAAGAAAAAGUAUCGGACACAACGUUAACCAGCAUCUAUGACAAGAAUAAAACAUGGAAAAAAUUGUUACUUAAUGAAUCGAUUAUAUUAAAUCCGUCAGAGGACACUUGCAUUAAUGCCCUAAAACACAAGCCAGAGAUAAUUCAUUUAAACAAAGACGAAAUUAAGUCAUUAUAUUUAAACGAUAAAAUAUCUAUGAAGCGGCUAUUUCGUAAAAUAAGAGUUUAUUACACACAUUUGGCUAAUGAAUUCAAACAGUUGUAUUAUAACAAUCUCCUGCAAAACUGCGGUCUUAGAUCCACUAUAAUUGGAUUGUGUGUACUCUUGCCUCCAAAGGAAUUAUCGUCGCUAAUUCACAAAUAUAUUCCUGUCGAAGAAAAAAUUAAUUGGAAUGAAAUAGACGAACAACAAUUUACCAUACAAAAGCAUAUUGCAAAGAACAUGCAUAUAGCAAGACCACAGCCAGCCUUAAAUUUAAUAUUGUUAUAUGCUAAAGGUGAUUACUUGCAAUAUGUGCUUUCCUCCUUAUCUUCAUCGCUACAUAAUAUCACAAGCAUUGAUCUUCUAGGUGAGACCUCCAAUCUGAAUAAUACUCCAGUAUCAUUACAAAAGCAUAUCAUUCGCGAAGCUUGCAAAAAAUUACAAUUUAAUGAAAUUCUAGCCAUAUUAACUAGUGUAUGGAAGUCGACUAGAAAUAGUUCUAUACGUGCUACUGUUUUCAGGUCUGCAUUUAACUUACUUUGUAGAGAAACGAAUGUAACGUAUAUUGAGAGCAUUUGGUCUGUUUUAAAUGUAUUUAUAGAAAAUCUAACAGCUGAUGAUAAUAAAAAUAUUUUUGUGACAUUGAGCCACGUAGACAAAGUUCCAAUUCAAGUAAGACCUGCUUUUUGCAUGAAGAGUUACAUGUUUCUCAAAAAAUUACCAGAAAAAAGUAAUGUAGAAUAUAUUAUACGUCAGCUGAUUACGAAUACAAAAGAUAUAAUCGAACUUAUGGACGCUGACUUUAUGACAGAAAUGUUAAUGGAAUCUUAUGAGGAUAAAUUUUCUCUAACUUUUAGUCAAUAUUUUAUGAAUGUUCUGUCUGCUUUCCUAGUAAGCUCACAAAGUGAGCAAUCACAAAUAAGACGGUUUGAACAAAUGCUGCUUCCUUUGUUAGAGAACGCCGACGCAAUUUGGUCUUUUGAGAAGGAUAACAUGCGUAAAGCUAAUGUUGGACAUUUGUUCAAUAGAUUAUGUAGCGAUAUAGGAAACAUUGUUAUUAAGAAAAAAAUGCCAAUGCCUGUAAAAUUGUUCAGUCUCAUUCUCAAUAAAUUGGAAGAAAAACUACCUUUGGAUGAAAACUACGUGCUCAUUACCAAUAAAAAACUUGCUCUACAGCUCAUAACUAUUUUAGAGACAUUUAUGAAAAACUAUACUGACAAUGAUACUGAAUCCAUUCAGUCCUAUAAAGAGGAAACGAAGGGACCCGAAAUAAAUACGAAAGCGGAUAUUUACGUACAAGCAAUUAGAAAAUUUAGCGACAUAUGCUUGCAGUACUUAAUUGAGGAUGUACAACACUAUGGCACGAGCAUCAUAAUCGCCUACAGUAAAGCUUUGAAUGAAAUUUUCGAAAACUUUUCCUUUUGCGACAUUUCUCUGAAAAUUGAGCUUUGUAAUGCAAUACUAGAUAGUACUGAAAGGAAAGAGGGAUAUAUGCUUGUUUUACGAUUGCUAGGUAUGCGAUCCUACUUUUUGGAUCAGGAUGUUAGAUUGGAAAUCGUUAAAAGAAUCGCAGCACAUUCCGAUAGUGAAGUAAAAAUAUUAUGUUCCACAUACAAGUAUGAUUUUUAAUUCUCGACGUAUUAGCUAGAUUAGAUUGUGGUUGCUUAUCUAAACAAAUUAGUUCAAGUGUCCUAAUUAGGGCAUCUAGAUGUCAUUGUGAGGAAGUUGGUGCACCAAAGUUAAUUUAACUUUUAAUAGUUAUAGAACUUUAAUAUUGUAACGGAUACCUAAAUAUAAUUUUGUAUUUUCGUC